AUGCGCCCGUGGGGAUGCACGUUUUUUGUGUACGUUUAUUACGGCGCACCUCAUAGAAAAGCGGCUCGCUGUAAAACUUUCUGGAAUCGGUACCGUAAACUUAUACCGAUUAAAACUCUGCAGUUCAGCUGGUCAAACUCAACUUCCAACGUCUUGACAAAAUUUCGCAAUUAUGUUCUGGCGCAGGUGAAGCUGCAAAAGAAUACUUUGCUAGAGCAAAUGAAAUCCGUUUUUUUCCGGAUCUUGAUGGGCUUGCCAAUUGGUCCAGGCUUGAUUUGA